UCUCUUUUAUGUCACACUCGAUCAACUUGAGUUACUCCCUCUCCUGUCAUUAUCCUUCUCCCUGGCUUCAGUCAUGUAUCCUCAGCGACCUCUCGAUCUCGUGAUGCUAGCUGCCUUCUGCGUUCUGGCGUGCUCUCCUCUGGUUUUGGUCUUGGGUCGACCAGCGACUUUUCUCCAAGACUUCCGUGUUACUUGGGCGGAUUCUCACAUCAGGCAAAUCAAUGGAGGAGAGGCCAUUCAACUCAUUCUCGACCAAAAUUCAGGAUGUGGAUUUGCUUCGAAACGCCAGUACUUGUUUGGACGUGUGAGCAUGAAGAUCAAGCUCGUCCCUGGAGACUCUGCCGGAACCGUCACGGCCUUUUACAUGAACUCGAACACGGACAACGUACGGGACGAGCUGGACUUCGAGUUCUUGGGGAAUCGAACCGGCCAACCCUACACGGUCCAGACCAACGUGUACGCUCACGGGAAGGGCGACCGAGAGCAGAGGGUCAACCUCUGGUUCGACCCGGCCGCGGACUUCCACACCUAUACCAUCCUCUGGAACCACCACCAUGUCGUAUUCUAUGUAGAUGAUGUGCCCAUAAGAGUGUUCAAGAACAAUGAGGCCAGGAGACUGCCAUAUCCAACAUACCAGCCCAUGGGAGUCUACUCCACUUUGUGGGAAGCAGAUGACUGGGCCACAAGAGGAGGGCUUGAGAAGAUCGACUGGUCCAAGGCCCCAUUCUACGCGUACUACAAGGACUUCGACAUCGAGGGCUGCACAGUCCCUGGGCCUGCGAGUUGCGCCUCGAACCCUAGGAACUGGUGGGAGGGCGCUUCGUACCAGCAGCUGAGCGCGAUGGAGGCGAGGCGAUACAGAUGGGUCCGAAUGAACCACAUGAUUUACGACUACUGCGCUGAUCGAUCGAGGUACCCGAUGGUCCCGCCUGAGUGCGAGGCGGGAAUAUAAAGAGAAAUCGUUGCUCCAGAUAACGAUAAAGAAAAAGAAUAUCCAAGCCAAAUAUACGAGAAAAUUAUGCGGUCAAGACAUAUGCUUGGUCCUACUCUUGACAAACUGGGAAAAUCCAAUACGAUGCAUGUAUAAAGAGGGGUUGUGCUUUUAUGUAUUCGAGCCAGGAAAGCUGGCCAAUGUCAAUUUCCGUAUCUUGUAAUUUGUUGUGUAUUUCGUGCAAGAAACUUCAUAAAUAAAAUGUUAAUAUCGUACUUGUGGAUAA